CUUGAUGACGUAGUGACGUCGUGCGUGUUACGCGCAGGCGUCGUUUGCAGGAGUAUAAAAACAAUCAUAUUUAUUUAUGACAGUAUAUUACUUAGGGUGCUAUAUGUUAUGUAAACUGAAGGCUUGCUGGAGUGGAGAGCGACACAGUUUUACGAAACUCUGAAUUAUUUGCGGUGUAGUAGCCUACGACGGAAACCCUAACACUAAAAGAAGCUUCUGCACUGCCAGUUUACGUUUGUUUCAAGGGCAUUACCUUUAAGAUAUGCUGCAGUCAUUCAAGCCUAUAUUCAGCUGUAACCUGGUGCUAUCACGCUCCUUCUCUGGAUAUGUUUCUCGAAUGAGGUACCUCAUGAGAUUAAAGGAGGACGAUGAAGCAUGUCGAGAGGCGCUGAAGUCUGGGAAGGUUCUACUGUAUCAUAAGCUUUCUCCUCUUCUGCGAAAGACUAGCAGUGGCAGUGGAUACAAAUUGGCUUCUCUAAAAACCUCAGAUUUGGAACAAAUAUUGGAAAAGGUUGGAAAGGACAAACACAUUGUUAAUGAAUCUUUUCUUCUGGGAUGCACUGACAAGGAUGAACCACAGUUCUCACUGGAAGUAGGUGAUUUAGACCGCAGUGCAUUGGAGCAGGAGUGUGGAGGCAUGUUUGUGGACCUCAGGAAAGCUUUCUUCAUGAUACCUGGACCAGAGUCUCCUCUUGCUGCUAAAGGACAAGCUCUCCUUCGAUGGCAUCAGACCAAUAGCUUUUGCAGUGCCACGGGGCAGCCUACCGUCAGGAACCAGUCAGGAAGUUACAGAGUGUGUCACAGCAGUGGCAUCACAUACUACCCCAAAAUGGCACCUGUUGUGAUCGUGCUGGUGUCUGAUGGGAGCCGAUGUCUGCUGGCGCGCCAGGCCAUGUUUCCUAAAGGCAUGUACAGCGCGCUCUCUGGCUUCUGUGACAUGGGAGAGUCAGUGGAAGAAGCCCUGCUCAGAGAGGUGGCAGAAGAGGUGGGUCUGGAGGUGGAGGACCUUCAGUACUCGGGAUCACAGCACUGGCCAUUCCCACAAAGCUCCUUUAUGUUAGCCUGCCAUGCAACUGUAAACCCAGACAAAACACAGGUGAAUAUUGACAAGGCAGAACUUGAAGAUGCGCGCUGGUUCACUUAUGAAGAAAUAACAGAAGCACUACAGAAUAUGCCACGUGACCCUAGAAGAGAGCCGCCUGUGUUCUGGGUCCCACCUUCUUACGCCAUAGCCAAUCAGCUCAUUCAGGAAUGGGCCAAUCAUCAGCAGCUAUCAAGAAAAUGACAUGGACUCAAAUAAUCAUGCAUCUGUUUGCAGUGGGUUACCAUUAAUAUAGGAACCUAAAGAUCAAAUAGACACGAAAACCUGAACAAUAUCAGAAUACACAAGAAGUGGACUACUUUUGAAGGGAUCUUCAAUGAUAUUCAAAGCAGGACUUUUAUUAUACUUGGAGUAUGCUUGGACUAGGAAAUAAAUGUGAUUAAUUAUAAUUAAGUGUUGAUGGAUUGCAUCAAGAAGCAUUUGAACAUUCUUCUCUACCUCAAAUAGUACUAAUCAACCAGUACACUAUUGCAUUUGUUGAAGAAAUCAUUUUAAUAAACAUAUGUUUUAAAAAAAAUAUAUAUAUUUUUAAUCAUCUUACAAUAAAAACAAUACCAAGAAACAGUUGUUUAAAAUGUUUGUGUUGUUUUGCAAGGAUUUACUGUUUCUUUUUUUAAAACGUAUGGUUUCAUAUUUAAUAAAAUGUACAUUUGUCAUUUACAUUCAUACUUUGUGUAAGAUGAAUAUAUUUUUAGUUUUUGGUUAGUUGACUGAGGUAACACUCACCGACCAAUCAGAUUCAGGCCUUUCCUUUCCGUAGCCAAUCCCGCCUCUCCUCCACACUUGGUGGCGCCGAAGCGCUAAAUCCUGUGCUAACGUUAGGUCGUUAGAAGAAGAAUGGUAGUCAAGAUGGACGCGGAGCUGUUGUUGUUUUUGGUUUCUGAGAACAAGGAGUUAUUUGAUAAAAACCACAGCGAGUACAAAAACACGAAGCGGAAAGAAGUUCUCUGGCAAGGAAUAGCAGACAAAAUGGGAGUCGAUGUGGAAGAGGUGAAAGCUAAAUGGAAAAAUCUAAGAGACACAUACACCAGGAAAAAGCGACUGGAGCAGGACGGGAAUCGGAGUGGAAGGGCAGCAAAAAAAAAGCAAUGGAAAUAUAUGCGAGUGAUGGACUUUCUCGAUCCCCCCACGGAGCACAGAAGACAAGGUGACUGAGACAAGAAAGCAAUGUUAUGGAUAGAGGACUCAUUUUAGCAGGAAGCACUGGUUUCAGGUUAAAAACAAUGGAAUUAUUUAUUUUACAAACAAGCUGCUUUUUGCUCCACAAGUCAUUAAUUGAUGGACUAGAGUCGUGUGGAUUGUGAUGUUUUUCAUUCUGACGGCACCCAUUCACUGCAGAUGAUCCAUUGUGUUAUAUUGGACAGUGUUCCUGGCAAAAUCGAGGAUGAUGAGCCAGAUGAAGACAGCGGGGCUGAACCAGCCAGCACCAGUAUGGGAACAUCCAUGACAAGUCCAGGAGCGAUCCGGUCUGACAUUGUAAAGAGAAGGCGAUCAGAGACACUAGAGCUGUUGGAGAGGUAUCUGGCAUCUAAAGAUGUGAGAGACAAAGAGAAAGACGAACAGCAAGAUGAAGUCGAUUUAUUUCUUCGGAGCUUAGCACCUGCAUUAAGACGCUUACCUGCUUCAAAGCAGUCUUUGGUGAAGCUUCAGAUCCAAAAAAUACUUCACGACGCAGAGUUCGGACAGCCCAGCUUUCCUCAGAUAUCCUCAGUGUCACCGAGUAAUCAGUUGUUACUACAGUGUAGUGUUGUAAAACCCAGUUGAAAUGCUUUUUUUAUUGAAAAUAAAUGUGACUUUAAAAGAA